GGGAGCGGCUCCGGCCCGGGCGGCGGCGGCGGCGGGCGGCAGGGAAGCGGCCCCGGGCGGAUGUGAGCGGGCGGCCGGAGCGGGAGGCGGCAGCGCCUGCACCAUGAGCCUCCGAGUGUGGCUGCUCCCCGCGCUGGUGCUGCUGUGGGCGCCGGGCGGCCCGGAGGCGCUGGGGCCGCCGCCGCGCCGGCAGCGCUACGAGGCAGUGGAGGCCAUGCUGGCAGACUACGACAUCCUCUCGCAGGCCAGCAUCCAGCAGCACUCGCUGAGGAGGAGAGACCUGCAGCCUCAGACACACAUCGAGAGGCUGCUGAGCUUCUCAGCCCUGCACAGGCACUUUAAAUUGUACCUAACUGCAACUGCUGAACACUUUUCAGAGAGAUUUCAAGCAGUGGUUGUGGAUGGAGAAGGCAACGAGCAGGAGCACCCUGUGCAGUGGCAGGACUUCUUCACUGGCCACGUCGUGGGAGAGCACAACUCCAAAGUUGUGGCACACAUUGGGGAUGAAGAUUUCACGGUGAGGAUCAAUACUGAUGGAGAAGAAUACAACAUUGAGCCACUCUGGAGGUUUGUGGAUGAUGUGCAGGAUGAGAGGCUGCUGGUCUACAGGUCUGAGGACAUCAAAGACUUCUCCAGACUGCAGUCCCCCAAAGUGUGUGGAUAUCUGAAGCUGGAUGAGGAGGAGCUGCUGCCCGAGGGGCUGGAGGACAGGCAGCAGCAUGAGGCAGAGCUGCAGCGGCAGAAGAGAUCCAUGCCAGACAGCUCCAAGAACACCUGCAAGAUGCUGGUGGUGGCAGAUCAUCGAUUCUUCAAGUACAUGGGCCGAGGGGAGGAGAGCACCACCAUCAACUACCUGAUCGAGCUGAUAGACAGAGUGGAUGACAUCUACAGGAACACCUCCUGGGACAACGGCGCCUUCACCGGGUACGGCAUACAGAUAGAGCAGAUCAUCAUUCACAACGAGCCCAACCUGGUAAAGCCUGGAGAGAAGCAUUACAACAUGGCCAGAAGUUACCCAGAUGAGAAGAAGGAUGCCUGGGAUGUGAAGAUGCUGCUAGAGCAGUUCAGCUUUGACAUUGCUGAGAAGGCAGCUCACGUGUGCCUGGCUCACCUCUUCACCUACCAAGACUUUGACAUGGGCACCCUUGGCCUGGCCUACGUCGGCUCUCCCAGACCCAACAGCCACGGGGGCAUUUGCCCCAAAGCUUACUACAGCCAGAUUGCAAAGAAGGACAUCUACCUGAACAGUGGCCUGACCAGCACCAAGAACUAUGGCAAGACCAUCCUGACCAAGGAGGCUGACCUGGUUACCACACAUGAGCUGGGACAUAACUUUGGAGCGGAGCACGACCCUGACAGUCUGCCAGAGUGUGCCCCCACUGAGGACCAGGGGGGCAAGUAUGUGAUGUACCCCAUUGCUGUCAGUGGAGACCAUGAGAACAACAAGAUGUUCUCCAGCUGCAGCAAGAAGUCCAUCCACAGGACCAUCGAGAUCAAGGCCCAGGAGUGCUUCAAGGAGCGCAACAACAAAGUGUGUGGGAAUUCGCGGGUGGACGAGGGGGAGGAGUGCGACCCGGGGCUGCUGCACCAGCAGGCGGACCCCUGCUGCUCCUCCGACUGCCGCCUGCGCCCCGGCGCCCGCUGCAGUGAUCGGAACAGUCCCUGCUGCAAGGGCUGCCAGUUUGAGAGUGCACAGAAGAAGUGCCAGGAGGCCAUCAAUGCCACUUGCAAGGGGGAGUCCUUCUGCACUGGGAACAGCAGCGAGUGCCCCCCUCCAGGGAACGCCCCCGAUGACACCGUCUGUGUGGACAUGGGCAAGUGCAAGGCCGGGGAGUGCGUCCCCUUCUGCGAGAGGGAGCGCAGCCUGCGCUCCUGCGCCUGCAACGAGACAGACAACUCGUGCAAAGUGUGCUGCCGGGACCUGCAGGGCCGCUGUGUGCCUGUGCUCGAUGCCAACCAGCAGUUCCUCUUCCUGCGCAAGGGCAAGCCCUGCACCGUGGGCUUCUGCGACACCAACGGCAAGUGUGAGAAGCAGGUGCAGGAUGUGAUCGAGCGCUUCUGGGACUUCAUCGACCAGCUCAGCAUCAACACCUUUGGCAAGUUCCUGGCAGACAACAUCGUGGGCUCUGUGCUUGUCUUCUCCUUGCUGUUCUGGAUCCCCCUCAGCAUCCUGGUGCACUGUGUGGACAAGAAGCUGGACAAGCAGUACGAGGAGAACACCAAGUCCCUGUUCUGCCCCAGUAACGUGGAGAUGCUGAGCAGCCUGGACUCGGCCUCGGUGCGCAUCAUCAAACCCUUCCCCGCGGCGCAGCCCAGCAACCGCCACCAGCCGCUGCAGCCCCUGGCGGCCGUGCCCGCGGCGCCCGCCGCGCCCAAGCAGGACCACCAGAGGAUGGACACCAUCCAGGAGGACCCCAGCACCGACUCGCACGCGGACGAGGAGGGCUUCGAGAAGGAUCCCUUCCCCAGCAGCGGCGCCGCCGCCAAGUCCUUCGAGGACCUGACGGAGCACGCGGCCACGCGCAGCGAGAAGGCCUCCUCCUUCAAGCUGCAGCGCCAGGGCCGCGUCGACAGCAAGGAGACGGAGUGCUAGGGCCUGGUGCCCCGCGCCCUGUGGCCGGGUGAGCUGCGGCUGCGGGAGCUGCCCGGAGCCCAGGACCUGACCUGUGGCAGACGAUGGCCGCGUCUGUGCCCUCCCUUCACUGCCACUUCCUAGAGCCUCUUCCCUCUCACGGAGGAUCCAGACAGGACCUGCCUUGGUUUUCAGAGCUCUCUUUGGAUUCCUUUUCCUGUUGCCUUUGCCCUUUGCCGUUUCUUUUGCCCCGUGGUGCAAAGCCAAUGUCCCCUGGGCACUGCGCUGGGUAGCUCAGCCUGUUUUGUAACGGAACCAAUGUUUUGCAGUCUGACAGCACUGAGAGAAGCCAGGGGCUUGCCAAACCAAAGGAGACGUUCACCCUUGGGCAGGUCAGGGCCACGGCAGCCAAAGCCUGGACAGGCAGAGCCAGCAGUGACAGCUGCAAAUACAGCCCCAGGAGCAGCAAGCCCAAAGCUGCACAGCUUCAAACCAAAGGCUCCUGCAGAGGCUGCCAAAUCUCUCCCGGGCCAGGGCCUGAUCCUCCAGCAAGAGCCUCCUCUGCCUUUGGUGUCCUCAGAGCAGGGGUUCCCCUUGUUCCUUGGGGGAGUUCCCCACUCUGCACUAAGAAGCUGCUGGGUAGCUGGAAGGGCAGAGGUGCAGGGGAGAAAUGCCUGCUGUGAGUGGAGGGCUUCGGCCAGCUGCCAGUGGUGCCCUGGGUGUAGGAAGGUUCUGCAGCUGGCAUGUUGGAGCAGCUUCCUUGUUCCAAGAGCCCAGGCCCAGGCUGCAGGGUCUGGGUGGCCUCUGGAGGCUGCCACUGCACCCACAGCUGGAGAGCAGCACUUAAAGUAGUUGUGAAUUCAGUAACGAGGGCAAGGGGCAAGCUCAGAGCCCUCUUGAGCUGAGCUGCCCACACAGGUGCUGCCGUGGGAUGCCAAGAGCUGCACCAGGGCUGCGUGGCAGAGGACUGGCAUUGACAGGACGUUGUGGUGGUAGCUGCGAAAGAGCCAAAGCAUUUCUGGGCUGGGGAGCCUGGGAACGCUGCUUCCCUGCCUCCCCAGCCCAGGCCCUGUCCUGCUACUUGAAGCUGUGCCUUACCUCUGCCUGGCUGGCAGCUGCUGGUCCCUGUCCUGGCUUUUGUUGUUUGGGUUUUCUUUUGUUUUGGCUCAGUGCCCAAGCCGGGGGUGAGGAGUUAAUUCCCAAGACAAUAAAAGCUUUUUAUAUUAAAAUCA